CAGUGAUAGUGCGAGUGAUCUAACUGCAAUUUCGACGUCUCUGCUCGGAGAAAUUGCAAUUGAUGAGAAUGAUAUCAUUAUCGCUGUCAUGGGUCCUACUGGCGCUGGGAAGAGUACUUUUGUUGAUCGCGCGGUUGGAAGACCUACUGUAACUGCCGGUCAUGAUUUGAUGUCGUAUACAAAGGAAAUGCGCCCGGUCCGAUAUCCUCAUUCCGAUGGCAUCCGCAACAUUGUUUUAGUCGAUACUCCUGGGUUCGACGAUACGUUCAUGACAGAUGCCCAGAUUCUUAGGGAAAUUGCACAUUGGUUAAAUACAGCCUACAAAAAGAACCUCAAACUUAGCGGCGUGUUGUAUUUGCACCGAAUUUCAGACAAUAGGGUUUCAGGAACACCGUUAAGGAACUACAAUAUGUUCAAGGAACUAUGUGGAAAGGAGAACUUCAAGAAUAUCGUCCUCGUUACAACGAUGUUGGCUCAGCACGAAAGCGAACUGCGGUCCGACUUCUGGCGGUCCAUGAUCAACUUGGGAUCAGCUAUUCAUCGCUUCGACGGGACAAUGGAGUCUGCCUGGAAAAUUAUUAGUUGCCUUUCCGUGGCGCCACCCGUUCAGCGCCGUCCACUUCAAAUCCAGCGAGAGAUGGUUGAUGAACAUGUGCCACUUCACAGGACAGCGGCAGGAAGAGCCGUCGUGGCGACUCUCACUGACGUCAUGUCGGGUGUUAAGGGAAUUUUCAAGCGGCUCAAGAAUAGUACAAAGAGGUCUCGUAGCCCGGUUCCACAGGAUAGCAAGCGUCUUCUUCAAAGAUCGUCUUCUUUGCUUUCGACAAGUUCAUUUACUACCUCCUCUGAUACCUCCAGUAGUCGGUCUGUCGGGUCGGGGAUCAUAAGCCUUAGCAGUUCUGGAACUUGCAAAACAGAGGGCUACCGGAGUAGUUUGGUCCGCGUAAUUCCUGUUCUGCAAGCUGCGCUUGGCGUGGCAGAACUCGUUCGUAUACCUCACCUCAAGGACGUGAUUUCUCCAUCUCUCAGCCUUGCUCUAUUAAUUAAGACCAUGACUGGAACGCACCACGUACUUUUUCAAGUCUUGGAAACUGCUACGCUCCUGAUUAACGUAGUAGGACAUAGUUGAUAACCAUUAUCUGCCUGUUAGGCCAAUGAGUGAUGUGCAAGGAAUCGCCCAGAACGUUGCACAGAGGCAAUCUGAAGCACGGCAGGUC